CAUAGCAGCUGUGUUUUGUUACUACCAAUCUCAAUGUUAUCGAUAGAAUAAAUUACUCGAUCUCUUUCGUAUCAAUUUUUUUAAAGGGAUAACGAGAUUUCGAGAGGACCGAGUCUGUGAUAAAUUUGAACAAAAAAAAAAUGGUUAGUACAAAAGACGAGGACACCAACGAGAGAGUAAUAAAAUUAAUAAACGACAUUCAUUAUGGUGAUAUUAAAGGUACGGACAAUAUCGUGGUGGCCACUAUGUCGGUUUUGAAAGAAAUUAUAAACAACACGGAAUGGACCACUGCUGAGAACCUCAUGGGUGUGAUAACUCGAAAUGGAAAGUGUUUAAUAGAAGCUAUUCCUCUUGAAUUCUCUAUUGGAAACAUGGUACGAAGGAUAUUGAAAAUAAUCCGGGAGGAAUACACUUCUGAACUACAAAAUAAAACGGAUGAAACGGAUCCACAGGAAUCGUUACAUAAAAUUCUGACUGCCGAAGGCGAUCAGCAAAUUGAUUUUAACAUUGUUGUACCUUCAUUGAAAUCAGCUCUUAUAGAACACAUUAACGAAUUUGAAGUUGAAUUGGAGACUUGUGCAGAAAAUAUUACGCAACAAGCUUCUGAACACAUCCAUUCUAAUGAAAUUAUCAUGACAUUCGGUAAAUCAAAAUUGGUAGAAGAAUUUUUCAAAAGGGCUGCUGCAACAAGAGCAUUUGAAGUUAUAGUAGUGGAAGGUGGACCAUCUUUAAGUGGUCAUGAAAUGGCAGUUAAUCUUGCGAAAGCUAAAAUUAAAACUACUUUAAUAUCGGAUGUAGCAAUUUUCGCGAUGAUGUCGCGUGUAAACAAAGUAAUAAUCGGUACACAUACCGUUAUGGCGAAUGGAGGAUUAAGAGCGAUCUCAGGUGUACAUACAGUUGCUCAAGCUGCAAAACAUUAUUCUGUCCCAGUAAUGGUUCUGUUGCCACUUUACAAACUUUCUCCCCUUUAUCUAUGUUCACACGAACAGGAUGGUUUUAAUAAACAUGUUUCACCAAUGCAAGGUGUGAUUCGCAGCGCGAAUGGGCCAUUGUUGGAAAGGAUUCAUGCAUAUAAUCCAGUUUUUGAUUAUGUACCACCAGAAUUGGUUACAUUAUUUAUAACGAAUACGGGAGGAAACGCGCCGUCGUAUGUUUAUAGAUUACUUAGCGAAUUGUAUCAUCCGGAUGACUACGAUUUGUAAAGAACGAACAUAUUUAUAUUUGUAUAUGUACAGUAUAA